GGGAGAUGCCGUGGACUGUGACAAACUCAUUCAAGCGGUACGUUGUGAAAUCAUGCCCCUGCUCCUUAAUUCCCUUAUCCCUUGGUUGCCGCCACUCCAACUAACACGCUCCCCUCUUGGGUUCCCCCCCACGCAGAGGUCUCAUGAUGAAAACUUACGGACGGCCACUCUGGCGCGUUUAUGACGAUGACCAACGGCCUGCCGCCAAAAAACGACGCGUUCAAUCCGGCAAUGAUUCCGACGAAGCCGAAAAUAGCAUCCAAUAUGCCAUCCGCGAGUCUUCCGCCGCCAUCAUGUCCAGUCCGUCGCGUCGCAAUUCCAUUCUUCUCUCCGAAGGCACUCAGGAAGAUGAUCUGUCGACACCCCCAUCUUCUCCCCCGCCGCGAUUAAGCCCCCCUCCCGCCAGCACGCGGAAACCCACGUUUGCCUUCCUGAAGCGUAAACAGUCCGCCACCAAGGAUGCCAGCAAUGGCACCCCCGUUACGAACGGCACCACCACCACCAACGGCACGACCAAUGGCACCCCACUCACCGAGGUCAACUCCAACAGCGUGCGCGCCUCGGUGGACCCACCCAAGAAGAAAGCGCCGCAGCCGCAGCAGCCGCCGGUCUUGAAGCAGAUGCAGAUCGACCUGGGCCACGAAGUACGGAGGACGUGUGCAACGUGUGGCAUGGAAUAUGUGCCAUCGAACACGGAAGAUGCGGCGUUGCAUAAGAAAUUCCAUGACAUGAACUCUACCGGGGUGGACCUGGGGAAGGCCUUCAUGCGGGCCAACGCAUCACGCUGGGUCUACGAAGCUACACGGUUUGACGAGGGAUAUGUGGUCAUUGUGGAUCGCAAGGCAUCGCCGACCGCAAAGAACCAAGCGAAGAAGGUGCUGGAAGUUAUUUGCAAGGAGCUGUCAUCCCCGACGAUCGAGGACGAGGUCCUGUGGAGUCAGACGGAAGCGCCCAAGCAUCUGCAACAGAACGGUGUACCGGAGAAGGUGGACCGGUACAAGGUGUUUUUGCACAUGAAGGACAGCCGAUGUGUAGGGGCAUGUUUGACGGAGCGGAUUUGGGAGUCACGGCCGGUCAAGAAAUCGGCCGCUUCGGGCAAUGGACCGGACUCGUCGGUCACGGUGGGGGAGGAAAGACAUCCGGCCAUUGUGGGCAUCUCGCGCAUAUGGACAUCGGGCUCUUCACGCCGGAAAGGCAUUGCCAUGGAUCUGUUAGACUGCGUGGUGAGCAACUUCAUCUACGGGAUGGAAAUCCCCAAGGAGCAGGUGGCGUUCAGCCAACCGACUGAAAGUGGCAAAGGGUUGGCGCAGUCAUUUUUCGGCAACGAAGAGUGGCAUGUUUACGAGGAAAGCUAAGACGACAACAAUAGACUACGGAAAGAAACAAGAGAUUGCAUUUGAUUUCUUUUUUGCAUUGUUGGGGACUGAAAGGGGGGGAAGGGGAGGAAGACCGACGGGCGGACUGUUUUCGUGAUACACGGGCGAGUUGAUACCCAGGCUUUCUCGGGCAUUGACCUUCGAGGGAGGGCUACUCUUGUGACGACCAUUUGUGAUUGCACGCGUUCAUUUGAGAUUUUUCCUUUUUAUUUUUUAUUUUUUUUUUUUUUUUCACAUUUUUAUUCUUAACUGACUGUAUAACUGGAAGAGGUGUUUAUUGGGAGGGUCCGUCGGGUUCCGCGUGGCUUGGUAUAUUCUUCGACUACCGAUCUACCAUUCUUCACUGUACCAUAUAUAUAUCCUUAUUUCUUUUUCUUUCUUCUUUCUUUUUAUUCAUUCUUACCCCGCGAUAUUAUUAUCUUUUUUUUAUUCGUUUUCCCUUUGUUUACAAUAUAUGUAUGUGUGGGAGAAAGAGUGAAAGUGAACAUGAGGAGUGGAAGAGAGGGCAAAUACGACCCAGGCAGAAUGCAGCAUGUGAGAGUGAUUCCAGACUACGAUUUAUCGGCAUAUACUAUGCAUAUCCAGUAGUUCAUAGUAGUUUGUGAACCUCAUAGUGAAAGCCGCGGAACCUUGAAGUA